GGGGCAGCACGAAGAGUCAAAAAGAAAAUCAUUCAGCUCCUCAUCAUCACUGAAGACGACUGAACAACUUACCCACUCUCUCUGGAAACUGAGAACCACGUGAAACCUCCUCUGUCUGCUGAUGGUUUACAGGAGAUUCCUUUUUUAAAAUUCGUUUUCUCUAAGGAAAGUGAUGUGGAGUAAGAGACGUGGAGCUGAAGGAAAGCUGAGCCAGAUCUGUGCUGAUCUGUGGAGAGUGACUGACAUUUUCCACCGAGGCUUAUUCAGGCAAGAGGAGGAAACCGCGAGGGGCUGAACCGCAUUGUUCCUGGACACGCGUGAACAUACUGGGAUGUUUCUUUUAAGAGUCAGGACUUUGUUAUCAUCCAACUGAUGUGAGUGUGUCUGUGUCUGUGUGUGUGUGUGUGUGUGUAUCUGUGUGUGUGUGUGUGUGUGAAGGUAAAAGAGAGAAGGGAAAGUUAGUGUAACACACGUCAGAUAUCAUCAUGUUCAUCAUCCGUCUCUGUCGGCUGCCAAUGGACUCUCACAGGUGCAGGGACGAGCUGAGACAAGACAGCAAGGACACCCGAGGGUUUCUACACACAUUCACGAGCAGACACACACACACACAGUGUAAUUCCACUUGUGCAGCUAUGUACAUUUACACAUGAUGCUUCUGAGCCCUCCAAAUUUACAUGUAACAUGAAAAUCUGUCGAACUGACAAAAGUUCUUUGCAUCAUGAAAAUCAAAGGUUAAAGGUCAUAAUUUAUGUUUAAAAAUCUGUUUUCAUCAGUGGAACAUGACACUCCCACAGUCAGGCUCUAACUGGAAACAUCCCAGAUAUUAACAUGAGUGCAGCUUUGACGAGCUCAGACGUCGAGGCUGUGAAACCUGCAGCUGCCAUCGCUCUGGCCUCAAACCGAUUCCCUAAUCAGAAGAUCUGAAAAUGACUGAAGACGUGAGUCAACAUCAGUCCAACCUCUGGUUUGGAAUAUUUGCAGCAGAGCCCGACUGGAACACUUCUUUUUGUUGUUUUUCCAGGGCGGCACGCGCACAGUGACGAUAUCGCCACGCAUCCAUUCAGCUUUGUCCUUUGAGAUCGAACAGCUGCUCUUUUUGUUGCGCUGAAUUCAGCGGUCUAUUUUUGUUUCCUCGUGUGGAGAAGAUCAUCGUCUGUUGAUCCUUCGACAGACAAUUCAGGGCCUGAGAGUUUCAUCUGAGAUGAUGGAGUAAAUAAGUGACGGGACAGUGAAUUACAAUUCAUUAGUCAUAUGAUAAAAGGUGUCAUUCACCUGGAGAGAGGAAAAAUAAGGCAAGUAAACAAUGAUGAGACUUUCCUCUUUCUCACUCUGACCCAUUUUCCAGGCAGCAGUCCUGAGGCUGUGACGGCGUUACCGAGCGGACACCAUGAACCUGCGCGGUGGCAACGUGUCAGACCUGAUCUCUAACACUGUCAGAGCUGUUACCACUCUGGAGUCCAACCCCUGGCCUCCACGUGGAUUUGAGGAAAGCGCCCUACGAAUCAAUAAUGUGACAAACUCAGGGUGUCAAGGAAACAGCGUGGUCCAUAAUGGCAUUGACGCACAGCUGGGGAACUGGUCUUACCACAACGCCGGAGGAGCUUACGGUGAAGAAGGCAGCAGGAUUUACGGGUCCCAGUGUCCUCCCCAAGAGAUGGCGGCGGAGAAGAACUGGGCAGCGCUGCUGAUUUUAGUCGUCAUUGCCGUCACGGUCAUGGGCAACAUCCUGGUGAUCCUGGCGGUCUCCCUGGAGAAGAAGCUGCAGAACGCCACAAACUAUUUCCUGAUGUCACUGGCGGUUGCUGACAUGCUCCUGGGCAUCUUGGUCAUGCCGGUUUCCAUGGUGACCAUUCUCUACGAUUACGGGUGGCCCCUCCCAUCUGACCUUUGUCCCAUCUGGAUCUACCUGGACGUCCUGUUCUCCACAGCAUCCAUCAUGCACCUCUGCGCCAUCUCUCUGGAUCGAUACAUCGCCAUACGAAACCCGAUCCACCACAGCCGCUUCAAUUCCCACACCAAGGCCCGCAUCAAGAUCAUGGCAGUGUGGACGAUUUCAGUGGGGAUCUCCAUGCCGAUUCCUGUGCUGGGACUCAGAGACCACUCCAAGGUAUUCAAAAAUGACAGCUGCCAGCUGACAGAUAACAACUUUGUGCUGGUCGGGUCCUUCAUGGCCUUCUUUGUGCCCCUCACCAUCAUGGUCGUCACCUAUUUCCUGACCAUCAGCGCCCUGCAGAACGAAGCCACCCUCUGCUUGGACCAGCUGGUGCCCCGGCCCAAAUGGAGCACAACGUUCACCCUGAGCUUUUUGCCACAGACCUCGCUGUCCUCUGAAAAACUCUUCAGACGCUCGAUAAGUCGUGAGGCUGGCGGCAGAGGAAGCAGCAGCGGCCUGGGAGGCGCCCGUGGGAGCGUCUCCGGGUCGCUGUUUGGACGCCGCACCAUGCAGUCGAUCAGCAACGAGCAGAAGGCUUCCAAGGUCCUCGGGGUGGUGUUUUUCCUCUUCGUGAUCAUGUGGUGUCCAUUUUUCAUCACCAAUGUGCUGAUGGUGGUGUGUGACCCGGCGGUGUGCGAUGCAGGACUCAUGGGAGGUCUGCUGAACGUUUUCGUCUGGGUCGGAUACUUGUCCUCCGCGGUCAAUCCACUGGUGUACACACUGUUUAAUAAAACAUACCGCGCAGCUUUCCUGCGCUACGUUCGCUGCCAGUAUCAGCCACAGAAGAAGCCUCUGCAGCUCAUACUGGUGAACACCAUCCCACCACUGGCUUAUAACUCCACCCAGCUGCCCCUGGGCGAAGUCGGGAAGUUACGAAAUGGAGCGGCGCACUCUUGUGGUGAGAUGAAGGAGUUCGCUUUACCCGGGCAGGAAACGGAGACGUGUAGGCCGGUCAAACGCCAUGGAGACAAAGAUGAAAGCUGUGUGUGAGAGCGGCUGACAGAGCCACGGCUGAUCCUGUCAAAUCAUGGAUCAGAUCUAACUUUCUAACCUCCGUGGUCACAUCAUUCCUGAGGGAAAAGGGUUCAAGGUUUAAAGUCAAAGUGCCAAAGACAAAGUGCCUCCCGGUCCGGGUGUUAGACAUACAGAGGUCGUGUGUGACCCAAGCCCUCGAGAAAAUUGAGAAUACAGUUUAAACCUUCGCCUUCAAGUGCAAUCCGAGCAUUUUCAGAGUUACUGGAGAAGGUCUGUCCCAAAUUCUAUCCUCAGAUCCAUUCAACCUCUGAUCCUCAUCAGGGUCUGGAUCAGCUGGAUUUCAGCAGCCAUUUACCCCAAAGCAAUGUCCAUCAGUGCGUGUUUCGUGUGUUUAAAUCCGGAAAAGUCUUUGCUUUUGGUCUCAGUGCUGUUUCAAAUCCUUCUGCACACUGACAGGAAAUAUUUUAUUGUUCUCUUAAGAGGAAAAGGAGGCACAGACCAUGUAAUCGAUGUGAGACGGUUUGGGGCGUACCACGGCUGCACAGACAUAAUUCGCCCAUUUUGUAACAAACUCUUCAGACAAAAGGGUAAAACAGUUCACGAGUCCUCAGCUGUCCCUUCGCUUCACCGGCUCAGUCAGGUGGCCUCUACCUCCCAUCAUACCUUUGGGUGGAUCAGUGGGGAUUAGACUGGAUUUCCUGCCUCCUUAUCAGAUGUUAGCGUUGAAGAGGGAGAUCUGGGAUGAGCCUGACACGCCGGGACUCCAGGCACCGGCAGAGGUCAGAGGUCAAAGGGAGGAAAUAUGAUGUGUGGAAGCAGAUGGUGAUGAUGUUACAGAGACAACAGAAAUAAAUCUAUAUUUGUAUUUUGUGCAGAUAUGUGAAUAAGUGAUUUAAAAAUGAGAGGACGGUUAUUGUUCCUGAUGCAGUAUGAAGAAACUGAGUUUGCAGGAAAUGAGAGGAUUUAAGUGCAAAUGUUUCGAGUCGCACUUUUCAUAGUGUUCUUGCCAAACUACCUUUGCACACUGGCUCUCGUUUUCCAGAAGAAUUUUCCAAUAUAUAUAUAUAUAUAUAUAUAUAUAUAUACACCAAGGUUUUUCUGCAGACUUCCCGCAUUAUCACAAAUGGUCUGGUCGUUUGUUUCCACACGUUUAAACACCAGUUUAAAAUGUUGUGAUGUCGACCUGCUGUUUUAGACUAAGGACACAGUUAUCUGGAUAAAAGGACAGAAGCUGGACGGAUGCGUCAGGGUGGCGACUGUUUGAUUUUGGACCAGAAGACUAAAGACAGCUCAGGGUUUGUUAAAGUCGAAGGCAGAGCUGAUGCACUAACUGUGAGACACUGUAACGUCUGUAAUUUGAAGAAGAAAGAGGUUUUCCAGCCAAAGCAGACAGAAGCCGGGUUAUUUCUCAUCACAGCAGCUGUUAUUUACAACAGAAGGUGAGGAGCUGUCAGAACGGCUGCUCAGAAACAGCAGUAAUGACUCAGCAGGUGUCUGCUUCUAGCUUUACAGCAACAUUUAGCCGUGAUGCACUUUCUUCAACCUGCACAGUCACAGCCUGCAUUAAUGAGUGAACAGCUAAGUAGCUAAUAAAUCAGACAGUCAUUUCUCAAAGGAAUAUUCAGUUCAUUUUACAGUCUCUGUCCUGUUUUAGUUGAGUUUACAUCAGGCAGACAUUUUCUCUUCCAGAUAGGUUUACUGAAAACCUCUGCCACAGCUCAGGUUUGUUUUCAGCGACUCAGUCAGGUCUGGAGUUGAGUUGUUUGUUGACAGUUGUGUUGAUGGUUUAAAAAACGUGCAGCUUCACAGGUUGCUGGAAGUCGUUCAACAUUUUGGGACAUGCACUGAUCUGGUUUCUUGCGAAGCGUUGGAAGAUGGAUCCCAGUCCAGUUGUUUGUUCACUCCUCCUUCACUCCUCUACCUCCGGACUUCUGGAUUACAAAACAGCAAACUGAAAGCUUAAAAAGUCAGACAGCUCCGUACAUGGCCACGCUGUCAUCUGACGGCCUGUUUUCCCGCUCUGUUGGACCGUGUUGUGAUGAUACUGCCUGACCCUCAGACAAAAACAUCAUAGACAACAAUAGAAUUUAAGGACAAAACCACAAAAACAAAAGCCAGGAUGUAAAAGAAACUUUCCUCUGAGGCCAAAGGCUUCGGCCUCUGUAUGUGUGCAGCCAUGUCGUUAGCCUGUGCUGUGUUUCUCAUCCUGUAGCUACACUUCAGGGGUUUUUUUUUUGUAAUGGACCCACUCAGAUGAUGUAGCUGCAGUCUGCGUGUAGUUCUGUUGCUGUUGCAGUGAUGUGAAGACCAUCCACACCUUUCCACUGCCGUGACUCUGCUUUGGAGGGUUUUUUAAACUAUAGUGUCUAUUUUGGAAUUUGAUGUUUGAUGGUGACCGUCGCUUUUCUUUUGUAUGUCAACUGUGUGGAACAGUUUUUGCCUCCUUGUUUUCAAAUUCAAGUAAAAACCAGAGAUGAAGCAUU